CGAGUGCAGGCGACUUCUGGCCCGUCAAUUCCACACACCUCCGCUGGUCGCCCUGAGUGGAUGAACCCCCCUCCUGCGUUCUCCAGGGGCCACGACACCGUUCCUCGUCCAGUUGAACGGGGUGUGAGUGCGGAAGACUUCCCUUUCGAGGGCGCCCGUGGAGAUGGCAGGCGGGUAUGGAAGGAGUCGAGACAGGAGUUGCGGCGGCAGCAAGAAGAGUCCAUAACGCAAGGUGUGCAGCGAUUACGCGUGGGCGAGCGGGCCGGGCAAGCAGACGCGGUUGGCGGGGGGGGUGACAUCUGGACAGACGGUGACGAAGUUGAGUGCGACGCUGAGGAGGACGACAGUGGUGACGUGUUCCCGUUGCGUGCGCCGAACAUGGGUGGCAGGGGUGGCAGAGGCCGGGCUUCGAUGAAUGUUGGGCGGAGGCGGAAGAGGCCAUCGGCGACCUCUCCUGAUGCGGAAGGUGAGGGGGAUGGGGAGGGUGGCCGGAAUUUCUGGUCUGUGGAUCACAUGGUGACCCUCAUAAGGGCGAAGCGGGAUCAGGACGCCCAACUGCAAGCCGCGGGGCACACAUUCGCACGGAUGCGGUCGAGGGAGUGGAAAUGGUUGGACGUCCGGGAGAGGUUGCUGAAGGUCGGUGUUGACAGGCCGGCAGACAAAUGCGGGAAGAAAUGGGAUAAUCUCAUGCAACAGUUCAAAAAGAUCCACACUUUCAUGGGCAUGUUGGGGAAGGAGGACUUCUUCCAGUUGACGAGUCAGCAGAGGGCAGAGAAAGGAUUCAGCUUCAACAUGGAUCGGGCCAUCUACGAGGAGAUCAAAGGGGCGAAGGAGAGGAGCCACACUAUCAGCCCCAGCAAUGUUGCAGACACCGGUGGCGCAGGAGGUGUGCAACUCCCAUCUGCUCAGUCGGCGACUCCGGAGUCUGUGGGUGACGGGGAUGCCGAUGGAGAUCGCACUCAUCCACGGAAGACAUCGCACUCAUCCACGCCGCAAGAAGUCGCCCAAACGACCACACAAGGCCGCCACCAAUGGACACUGGCAAUGAAGAAGUUCGCGGAGAUGGCGUUCGGGGCAGAAUGCGCAAAAGCGAACACGCAAGACGGCGGUGGCGCUCACUGCUGUUGUCGUAGCCAGGGUGCGUCAUGUCUUCUAAUACGUGGCGAUGUCUGUGCUGACGCCCAAACAGCCAUUGGCCGUUUCCGCAUGACGCCCACUACAACACCCCUGUGCUUCCCCGAUGGGACCGUCACACGCACGCAUCUCCCCGCCCCGCCGCACCAGACGCCACGCUUGGCCGAUUCAAAUUUCGAAUUUUGAAAUCACACGCGCGCGCGCGCAAUUUUCGU